GUUGGCGACAAGUAUACUUCGCAUGAACACAGCUCGGGCUCGCAGCUGACGUGACGUCAUUUACAAAAAUAAAUAAACGGCGAAAUGGCAUCCUCCGAGUUUAAUUUCCAAUUAAUUUUCGAUUAUUUUAAGGAAAACGGCGGAAAAGUGAAAAACCGGGACGCGGUGCGCUAUUUCAAGAGAUAUUUGACCGAUCCGGCAACAAAAGACGAAAACAGAAGAAAAUUCAAAGAAUACGUCAACACUUUAGCCCACACAAGACUAGAAGGCGACGAAAAAGUUCUCAUCCUCAAAUCCAAAUACCUCAACAGUCAAGAGCUUUCUUUACACUCAUCGACUAGUUCCCUAAACUCCAAUUUAGCCCCGAACGAUCCCAGAAAUAAUGUCGGGCUACCUUUGUCUCCUCUUGGUAAUAACAACAAUGGCAAUUUUCAACUGUACAGUAGCACUAGCUCACUUUGCACGCCACCGAGACAGCCUCCUCCUUACCGAAAUCCCCCUCCUGUAUCCUCACCGUCACCAUCUCUGGAUAGUGUUAGCUUGAGCUCUAAUUCAACUCAAGAUGACCGACCUUUGGCUCCUCCAAGACAGCACAGAAGUAACUCAAGAGGAAAUCUAUUGGAUGCUGAAAACUUGAGCACUCCAACUAGAGAAGAAAAUCUUGAAAAAGGUGGCUUGAGUGUGAAGGAACGAACGCAGCAGUUUAAUCGGAUGGCUUCUGUGGAAGACGACCUAAGUCCACGAGUUUCAAAAAGUGCUGAAAAAGAUAGAGGCAAAAAUUGGGGAUUGGACGAUACUGACGAGUCUACUUUGACACCGCUGGAACCAAAGAAAUGUCAAGAAUGGUACGUGACUGCUAGUAGAGGAGAUUGUCAAGAGUUGCUCAGGCUAGCCAGAGAUGAACCGAGAUUAGUCAAUAGAAAGGAUCCAUUCACGGUGAGUCUCCAAAUCGGGAAGGGUAAGAAAGCAUAGAAUCAACAUUCACAAAUACCAUUAAUAACAGUUAAACCACCCCAUCAGCUACCCAUCAUCAUCAUCCUUAAAAAAAAUUACAUUGUUUGUUUUAAAAACCCAUCUACUACUUAGUAUAUUAUACCUGCUGCAAACUUGGCCAGAUGAUAGUCCUUUUUUGCCAUUUCAUCAUCAUUUGUCGGUUUUGUUGUUGUGUAUCAUUGCCGUUUUUCGGAUCGCGUGACCGAACCUCAAGCUGAACAAACUCGCUGAUGAUACACCGAAACAGAUAAUGGGUACGAUAUAAAAAGGUGUUCGGUCAGCUUUUUAAAUGAACGUGGACGACGUAACGCACCAAAUAACGAAUUGGCACGAGGAUGAUUAGUGUUGAUCGUAAAUGAUGAUAGAGUGGCCCCCCUAUGAUCAUAAUGAUGGCGAUGGGCGUGGUUCGGAAAUGAAAUGCGAUCGCAACGAACGGCAAUUUUUGUAAAAAUGUUGUUAUUAAUUGUAUAGUUUUUUUCGAAAUAAAUUUAGAUAUCUUACUUUGGAAAUUAAUUGGAAACUCAAACUUGGAUAUGAAACAAAACUAGUAAUCUCAUGGGAGCGAGCGUCACAAUGUUGUUCUUUGAAUAUCAGAUCGGGUAGUUUUUUGAUUGAAGAAUACUUCUGCUUUUGAACUGCUUAGCUUUUUAACUUGCGGCUGCCAGAUCAAGAUCUGGGAGGAAUUCUACAGCUUAAUUUUCUUCUACGAAUACUUGUGCUUUUCUUCAACUUUAAUAUGUCCAUUAACAAGUCCUGAGGCGUCGAAUUUCACGUACUGUAUGUCUCUGCGACUAGCAAAUCAAUUGAAAAACUACGUAUCUCCUGCUCAUAUUUGUAAUUGUAAAGUGCCCUUAUCUUAUAUUCUUCCUGUGGAGUUCUAUAGAACUUUUCCUGACGUGAAUCCUUAGUUCAGAUAACUACCUUCCAUAGACUUGUAUCCGCUUCUUUGAUUAGGUUACAGGUACUGAUUUAGAUAACUGCCGCAACCAGACAAUGCGUCACUGGUCACUGUGUUCAAAAACAUAACCAUAAUAUUUUUAUUUCACAUAACUGAAGAAUUUUGGUGCUUUUAUGAAGAAACCCCCAGUACAACUAAACUUUUAGGUGGAACAAUUAUAUAAUGAAGCUGGGACCACCAAAAUUGAGUAGUAUUUGUUGACCUUAUUAAGAAAAAUUAACAUAUAAUUCUAAAAAUUGCUAUAUUGAAACCUAUAAAGAAAAUAUACAACUGGGAGCGCAAAUAUUUUCAAAUAAUAAUGUAUCCAUAACUGACAUGGCAUUUCCGAAGGGCCUUAACGCCAAAUUUGUAUCUUUUUUACCUAGUCCCUUUGGAAAUUUUAUUUAUUUUGUAGAAAAUAACAUUAGCGUUGUAGAAAAUAACAUUAGCAAAUGAUAUAAAAUAACGCAGCUUAUCAACUAGGUACUACAUUCGUCAAGUUCGCCAAACUCAAUUCCCGAGUUGGCACAUGACAUGCCAUUGCAGUUCGCACAAAGACUGGAGCACGGUAUAUUGGAUCUUUUGCAGCAGCAGAGCUUAUUACAUCCCGCCUUGCACGAACAGAAUAUCAUUUUUAGCACAAACUCGGGGGCUAUCGGUUUCGAUGACAUCAAAGGAAUCAACAAAUUAUUUUUUCUAGUCCAGCCCCAUUCCAAUGGAUUUUUCGAAUUUCCGAUCCAGUACUGGAUCUGAAGAUAUACCCUUAAAUGAUGGUUUUUUGAAGGUUCAGAUGUCGGUGGUAAAACGGCCAACUCAAAAUUUGUGUUAAGGGCCUGUCGAGCAGUAAUUGUUUUAUAUUUAUAGAACCUCAGUUCGUCAAGAUUUUUUGCCAGUUUGUGUUUUCCAUAUAGAGCCAUUAGAAACUGAUCGCCAGAUUUGAUCACAUCGUUCUUAUCCGCCGUUGGAUCUAGAAAAACAGACACAAUAUUCUGCAUUUUGGUGUCUUUCUCUAAAAGUUUAUAAGCAGAAAUUUUGCCUUUUUUAAACAAGCAGGAAGUUGUCUCAGUACCGGAAAUGGCGUGAGCGAAUAAAAUACAUUCUUUCGGGAUGCCUAACUUUCCUUGAGUUUUUAAAAUAUCUGUAACUGGAUUCGGUUUUCCAGAUCUGCCUGGGGCGAAGCAUGAAUAUUUUUUCAUCCUGCACCUUGUACAUUAAUAGGACAACUAGAUCGGUAUCGUCUCCAACAAGUACCACAUGUGAACCGGAUUUACCUAUUGUGAUCGCUUCGUCCACUAAAACAGUAUCUGCAUCUCCUCUAGCUUGAAUAUCUUUAAUCCCAGCACCCUGAAGUUUCUUGGACAGUACUUGAAUGAAUCUGUUUUUGUUUUUUUGUCUGCAAAAAAUUUUUCCUGGUUAAUAGUGGUUGCAGAGUUGUCUGUAAAAGUUAUUUCAAUACUGGAAACCUUUCCUGCUCUACGCAUCUGUUCUUGCGAUUUAGUGGAAAUUUCGGCUUAAUACCCAUCAAAUACUGCAGUUGAAUUAGAGCCAUAAUGAUAGAUAAAGUAAUUUACAUAUUGGUUCAGAAUUUCUCCAUAUGUUGCUGGAAAUUGCCACACAACCUUUUGAAGAAAAUGUCCUCCGUCAAUCAACAAGACUGGUUCGUAUGGUAGAAUAUCUGUUGGAGGGCAUUUCUUAUCCAAAUACGCAAAUAGAGCUGCCUUGUUCGUUUUACGCAGCAUCCCAUUGUCUAUAAGAGACAAAGGGAAAGGUGCAAGUUCAAAUUCGAAGCAUUCCUUCAAAGUGUCCUCAGUCUUGUAAGUGCAGAGAAUCCUGUUAAAAAGCUGCGUUGGAUUCACUGAAGCUUCCUGAUUAUUUACCUUCAAAGUUUUGAACAUAAAGGACAAGGGUUUAAUUUUGUCGUUUCGUUUCAAACGGAGGUCUUGAAAAUUCAGGCCAAUGCACUUCGAUAAUAGGUUUUCUCCCACUUCUCUCGCAGAAUCACAGUUUAUAUCAACUGACGCAACUAAAGAAGAGGAAAUGGAUAGAAGUGAGUUUAUUUGGUCAUCAAAUGGAUUAUGGAAUUCCAACCAACUGAGCAAUCGCUGAAGAUCGUUGUAGUCGCGAUUUCCUCUAGAAUCGCGCAAUUCGACAUGCUGUUCUGAGUAGCAAGGCCUAGAUUUUGAAAAUGUCUCCAACGAUUCGCAAACUCUUGUUGAUUCUGGCAUUGAUAACACCCAUUUACCCAACACGGCUUCAGUUAAGCCUCUGCCGCGUGUCAAGCCUCCUUCUGAUUUCAUAGAUCGCACAAGUACUUGCUCAAUGGUGAUGUCAGUCCAUAAACCUUGCCAAAACUUGUCUGGGAGACGUCUGAUUGUGAAUGAAGCACAGAAUUUGUCAUAAUCCUCUUCGCUCAUAGAAGUUUCCAGUUGGUUCAUCUGUUGUUAGUAUAAAUGGGCUGAUUUGGCAUAGGACAAGUGACCGCUUGAGUGGAAGUAGGGCAGCAUUUUUUUAACACAAUACAAAUGUAGCUGAUGAAAAUCUCCGAUUCGUUCUGCAUAAAUAAACAUCUUCACCAAAUCAAUUUGCUCCCAAUAUUCACACCACAACUUGCCUGUUCUGCUCUGUUCACGUGCUAUUUUGAUUCUGCUUUCCAACUGAUUUACAAUAGGUUCAGUAGCAUUGAUGACAGGUGAACUAAGUACUUCGGAAAGAUCAAAACUCUUUCUAGUUGAAUCAGCUGCAAAAUGGUGUGCAGUAUGAAUUGUAGUCAAAUUACUGGGAUCCAAACUCGGAUCCAAAUUAAUAAAUGGUACUGGUGUUACUGAAGUAGUUUGGAAAUCACCUGUUACAGUUUUGGCCUUGAAUCCAUUCCAAAAAGGUUUUUUAUCCAAGUCUAGGAUGAACCUAGAAAGCCAAAGGCAGUCCCUGACCUUAAAUUCCUUCAAAAUCUGUUCCGAAAUGAUAUUGUGUGGUUCUUCAAUGCAGUUUUUAUUAUUUGUGGCUGUAUUUUUUUUAUAAUGUUUUAAUGGAAUAGCACCAAAUUUUCCAACUUCUUCUGCUUUCGGAAUAUUACGAGGUCUCCCUAUUUUUUUUUGAAUUAUGUGAGCUUCUCUUGGUGGUA